GCCAUUAUAUUACAGGUAUCAGUGCCAGCUCUUUGAUGUGCUAAAUAUACAAGGAGGACAGCAGUUCUGGUUGCUUUCUGCUUGUGUCAAGCUUGCCGAAGAAAAGAAAAACGACACACGAGUCAUUGAUGAUUCCAUUGACUUAUUGCACAAGAUGCUAGAGUUGCUCCUCGGUGUAUAUCAGCCUCAGUUUGACCUCUUGAAGUUUGCCCUGAGCCCCGAGAGCAAUGCUUGCGAAGAUGGCUCUCUUGUCCACUGUCUUGCAUGCGCUCUUGUGUUAAUAGCAGUCCUGGAGAUUGUGUCUCCAGAGAAGCAAGAAGAGCUCUUUAGGCUCCUCAUUCACGUCCAGAGAACUCUAAGAGAGUUUGUGGAGAACCCAGAGACAAGGACAUCUCCAUUUGUACAGGCUGUCGUUGAUAGGAUUGAUAGAGUUAAUACUGUGGGGGACCUGUUCUCUCUGGUGCAGUUUAUACUCCAUUCGGCCCAUUUCUCUUGUCAUAUUGGUAAAAUGCAAGCAGCAAAGACAGGGAAUAUGGACUUUAAGGAAAUACAGACCAUACCACAGCAAGCGGCGAGUAUUGUAGUCAGACCCAAAGUAUUAACUCCACCACGACCUCCCCAGCCUCCUCCUUGUGUAGAAACUAAAGUGAAAGUGUCCCCACCCUCACAAAGCAGUCAUGCAAUGGCCCCAGUACAACAGGGUCCAGUGGUGAGCAGCAGUGGAGAGAAGGCAUCUCUACCAGGUGACUCUCAGCUACAGGAGCAGUGGAUGUUUAUCAAUCAGAGGCUGGACGAGUUAGAGCAGUAUGGCGGUCUCAUUCAGCAACAGCUCACCACUUUAAGACAAACCCCACCUCACCUGAUAAUAGACCCAGCAGUACACGAGCAGCAGCAAUACUUCCUGACACAGCAGUAUUAUCAGCUAGUAGGAGCACAGCAACAGUAUAAACUACAGCAAGAGAGCAUUCAACAGCAAUACCAGCAGUACCAGCUCUCAGUACUCAAUAAUGCAACACAGGCCAUGACAAGAGGAGGGGGACAACCUGUUUCCUCUAACGCUACCAUGACAUCCGGGCCUCAGAAUCAGACCGGUUUUAAUCCUGCAACCGCUUCUCAAGGACAACCCGUUGUCCCUCCAUAUGGUUCGACCGUACACAUGACAACACCUUAUUCUGGCUCCUCCCCUCAAAUUGGGCGUGUCCAUCAAGAGCAGGAAUAUGAGACUGACGCCAUCUUUGACGAAGAAGAAAUUGAAAAGAUCUUGGGUUCCCUAAUGUCUGGAGACCCUGUACAGAGAGAUAAGGUCCCCCCACCUCAGGGUUUCCAUACAAUAGAUGAUGACUUUAGACUAUCAGUGGGUGCUGACCCUGAACUAGUUGAUACUAAAUACUGUCAGGUCUGUGGGGUCUCCUUCCUAAAACAACCUUUUAUGGAUGAGUUUGAUAUUGAUGAAGAAACUGGGAGCCAAGCAUCUUCUAAGCUAUACAGGGACCACAUUAGGGCACAGUCGCAUAUUGAGAACUUGCAGGCCUACAAGAGAUUCACUGCAGUCAAGAGUGGCCCCUAUUCUCUCCUCCGCUCAAAGCUUGAAGAGGCACUGGUGAGAGGUCGUAAGCUCAUAACAGCAGCUGAAGUUGAUGCAUUAGUUCUCCAAGUGACCUCAGACUUACGUGAGCUUGAUGAACAGCUAGAGGAGUCUACCAAUUCUUAUAAUUGGAAGGAAGCUCACGGGAGAUUGGUCUCUUCUCUUGAUUUGCUUCAAUCUCUUGCCCUGAGGCUCACUAGGACUUGUGAAACUGUGGCUUAUGUUAAUGAGCGGCUCCCUCGUCGUGAUGGGCGUGGUCAAGGCCUGUCAAUGGGUGGAGCAAGAGAACGGGAACAUAAAGGAGGAGGAGGAGUUGGAGGAUAUGUUGAUCUUGAUGAUUUUGAUAUCGCUGAUGAUUUUGAGUUAGCUCACGAGAAGUUUGUAAAGACAAAACAAAGGAAGGCACGCAUUUGAAACUGUUUUAAGUACAUAUUGAAAACAAAAUAAUUAUGUUGUAACUAACUAUAACUUUGCUAUUUUGUAUUUACCUUGUAGCUUUAACAUUAUUAUUACUAUUAUGAUUAAUGAUUAUUUUUUUGGUUAGUCAUUUGUGAUGUUAGUUUUCUAACAUGAAGUAGAGAGUUUAAUAAUAA